CUUCCUCUUGAAUAGUCAGUUUCCCCCGCCCUCUUCAUCAAUAUGUAACUUCCAACCCCUGUGAUUAAAGAAGCGUGUUCUCAAAUCAGAGGGGAAGUCCGAUUUUUGAGCCAGCUUCCUGUUUUCGUGCUUGGCAGCUUUACAACAACCCUUUUUUCUGCAAAAGCCUGGUGGUGUGGAGUGCGACUUUCCUUUGCACGCCAGCAAAUAAACUUUUCAGCCCGGUAACAAAUUCCGCAACCGCGAAGGGACUCUGAAUCCAACUGCGUUACCUUAGCCCCCAGUCGGGGGUCUGGAUUCCGAACUCCCUCCAAUCGGCAGAGUGAGCCUUCGCUGCUUUCCGGUUUUAACUUCGGGGAGAGAAACUUGUUUGGGGUUCUGAAGACAUCCUUUCGGAGAGUGAGAACGUACAGAUGACUGACUGCCGGUAAUUUUCUUCGUGUUUGACCUCAACCAAGAGGCCUUGGUUAUAUAAUGCCUCACAGCCUUGAAUAAAACUGGCACUGCUUGGCCAUCAUCCACUUGGCCCCUCCUGUCCUCAUCUCUCUGUGUCUCGCCUGGUCGAGUUGUCGCGCCGGCCGCGACAAGUGGCACCCGAACAGGGACCUGAGCACAUGCAAGUGAAAGUGCGUGUCUAGGUAAGUUGUUGCCGAUAUUCAGGUAAGAGGAGCCCGGUCUUUUCAGGGCCACAACAGGAGUAAAAUAAUAUGGGGCAGUGGCAGUCUAUGGAAAAGGUCGUCUUUAUGACUGCGUUGCAGGCCCUUAUGAAGCAAAAAGGGUCCAAGGUAUCUAAAAAGGCCUUGCAGCAGUUUUUUUGUACAGUUUCAGAAUUAUGCCCUUGGUUUCCAAAAGAAGGAACAGUAAGUCUAGAUGCAUGGCAAAAGGUGGGACAAGAAAUUAAGAAUCAAAUCAAAAUACAUGGUCCCACCGCCUGCCCUCCAAGCACCAUGCAGGUUUGGGAAGAUAUUCGGGAGGUAUUAGACCCUCAACACUCCUUCAAAUUGAUUUCGAUAGCCUCCCAAGAACCUCCAGAUAGGCCUGAAGUUCAUGAUUUGCCCAAAGUAACGGAGGACAUCGAGGAUCUGAUGGCUGAUUUACCUUUGCCAUCGGCAGAGCUUAUAGAACAGACUUCAAACUCUCGUCCUCCUCCAAGCCAUUCCAUUUGCAACAACAAAAAAUGUGAGCCACAUGCUGCUCCUCCUAGAGUCCCUCCAACACCACCCUUGAUCAAGGUUGGAGGUUAUGAAAUUGAGGAAGAUGAUGUGUAUUUGGAUGAUGACAAAGAGGUAAUCUUUUCCUCUUCGGCCCCGGCUCGCCUAAGGUCCUUUUCGCAGCAAGACAUACAUGGUAAAAUUCCCACCUCUCGAAAACUGCGUCCUGUGCUGGGAACAACAUCAAGUGGCACUCAAACAUUCACUGUUAAUCAUACAGAGACACAGACCUACGGUUCUGUCCCUGCAAAGCCCAAUUCCCAGAUCGGUUAUUCAAUCAUGCAACAUGAAAAUGGGCAACGGAGAUACGCAGAUCUUAAUUUUAAAAUUUUAAAAGAAAUUAAGACAGCCACUGCUCAAUAUGGCCCCACCGCCCCAUAUACUCUUUAUUUACUGGACAGUGUUGGUCAGGUUGCUCUCUGUCCAGAUGAUUGGAGAGUCAUAGCUAAGGCCUGUCUGUCCGGUGGAGAUUAUCUACUCUGGAAAACUGAGUUUUAUGAGAGAGCAAAUGAGAUGGCGGUUUACAACCACAGAACAAAUAUUCCGGUCUCAUAUGAAAUGUUGAUAGGAAUGGAAGCCUAUGCUGAGGUCAAAUAGACUAUCCUGAAAUCGCUUACAAUCAAAUUGGACAAUGUGCCUUAAAGGCUUGGAAAAGACUUCCCUCCUCCGGAACUAGAACUGUGGAGCUUUCCAAAAUCCGUCAGGGACCGGAUGAACCUUACCAGGAUUUCGUAGCCAGACUCUUAAAGGAAGUGGGUCGCAUCGUGGAUGAUGGGGAGGCCAGACCAUUAUUGUUAAACAUCUUGCUUUUGAAAAUGCGAAUUCUUUCUGUCAGGUGGCUAUACGCCCAAGGAAAAAUAAAGGAACUUUGGAGGA